GGCCUUCGUGUUGGUUACACCCAGCCUUGCUAAUGUGGUGCUCGACACCACGAGGGGUCAGGAGGUAAACAGCACAGAGGACAGGCUUGGGAGACGAGGAGAAGCCGUUCCUUCCCCCGAAGGCACUUGAAAUGAAUGUGUGUUGCAGCAGAGCUGCUGCCUGCACCACGUCUGCCGCUGCCAUACCAGGGAGAGGAGCUCUGGCAGCAGCUGACACGAGGACAAUUUGCUCUUUCAGAGAGGGAGGCUUCUGUUGGCUUCACCAGGAACUGGAGACACAAAAGGAGGCUGGAGGAGAGCAGAAGACAAGCGGGAAUAAACCAGAGGCAGGUUGGCAGGAUAUGCAUACAUUGAAAGCAGUCUGUGUGGCAGAGUAAAUGAGGUGCAAACCUUGCUGUAAAUAGCAGAGGAAGAAAGACGAGCAUAUCUACAAAACAGGUUUGUCAGAAUUCCAAAAUAACCGGCUGGGGAGUCACACACGGAGCUGCAGAGGAAGCCCAGCAUGCUGGCACUGCUUUUACAUGUGCUUGGGCUGAAACGUGGGCUUGGUUUUCCUUCUCGGUCAGGUGUGCUCUGAGGUUGGGCUGUGAUUUGGAUCCAGGAACACGUCCUGCUCUGACCUCGCCAGCACACGAACCGUUUCCUCCCUUAAAUCCAUAUGCAUGUAGGAUCCAACGCACGCAGCUGUCAGGUCGGUUCCUGCACUGCAACCUCCCUGCGCUGCCCAGGGCUCAGCGGAACGGAGCUGCAGCACCGGGCUGCCCCCACCGGCGGGCUGCAGCGAUCGAUGCGAGCCCUGCUGGGGAGGGCAGAGCUCAGCCUCCCACCCCAGGUGCAGCUCCUUCCAUCGUUAGGUUCAGCCGGCUGCGAAUGGAAGUGUGCGGGCAGCACCGUCGCUGAGCCCGGCGCUGCCGCCCCCGAGAGCCGCGGGCCCCGCGCAGUUCCCCUGUGCCCAGGACCCGCGGCACCACAGCCAUGUCUCUGCCGGGGAGCAGACGCUCAUCCACCGGAUCACGAAGGUGAAUACGCACAGGGAGCAGCAGCGGUGACCAGCCAGGGCCACAGCAGGGCAGGGAGCAGCCCAGGGAUGCAGCUUUGAGGAUUCGGGGCGUUGCAUGUCGCUGGAUGCUGCCCACAGCUCCCCGACCCCGCAUGGAGCACCCCCAGCACAGCACCCGUCCGUCUCUUCGCGGGCUUUAUGGACGGAGUGGUUUUGCCUCCUUCUUUAAGUCGUCAGCGCCCUCAGCCACUCGGCCUGAGACACAGCCUCUUCUCCCUGCCUCCAGGCGCCCCUCGCCCCCCGGGAGGGACACCUACGGCACCUCCUCGCUGAGCAGCAGCAGCAAUUCUGGCUCCUACAAGGGCAGCGACAGCAGCCCCACCCCAAGGCGCUCGGCCAAAUACAACCUGUGCAGUGACAACCAUGGCAUCAAACCACCCACACCAGAGCAGUACCUGACCCCACUGCAGCAGAAGGAGGUUUGCAUCCGGCACCUGAAAGCCCGCCUGAAGGACACGCAGGAGCGGCUGCAGGACAGGGACGCCGAGAUCGAGGACCUGAAGACGCAGCUGUCGCGGAUGCAGGAGGACUGGAUCGAGGAGGAGUGCCACCGCGUGGAGGCCCAGCUGGCGCUGAAGGAGGCCCGCAAGGAGAUCAAGCAGCUGAAGCAGGUGAUCGACACGGUGAAGAACAACCUGCUGGAGAAGGACAAGGGGCUGCAGAAGUAUUUCGUCGACAUCAACAUCCAGAACAAGAAGCUGGAGACGCUGCUGCACAGCAUGGAAGUGGCACAGAACGGCGCGGGGCUGAAGGAGGAGGGGGCUGCUGAGUCGGCGGGGGGAUCCCCGGCGAGAUCCCUCACCCGCAGCUCCACCUACACCAAGCUGAGCGACCAGGCGGGCGGCGAGCGCACCGUGGGCGGAUCGCAGACCAUCUCGGUGGACGAAGGGGCCGACAGCGGCUUUGCUGGGGGGGACGAAGCUCCCGGCCGCCCGGACUUGUUAGAAGGGGGGGAGCCCUGCGGGCGGCUGCCGCCCAGCUCCACCUACGAGAAGCUGCUGGGGCUGCGGGGCGGCGUAGAGGCGGGCGUGCAGGCCAGCUGCAUGCAGGAGCGCGCCAUCCAGACGGACUUUGCGCACUGCCAGCCCGACCUGGACACCCUCCUGGAGAAGGUGAUGAAAUCCCAAGCGUGCAGCUUGGGCAGCCCCACCUCGGUUUGGGUGUCCGAGAUGGAAGACGUGGCGCCGGGCUGCGAGAUGCCGAAUCCCGCCGGCGUUAUGGACCUGGAGCCCGAGGACGGGGAGGUGCCCCACAACCCCACCGUGCAGCAGCCCCCCAGCGCCGGCCCUUCGGUGGCCAUCGCCUGCGCGCCCGAGGAGGAUGCGACAGCGGAGCCGGGCUGCGACGGCGCUCCAUCCAAGAGCUAUUGGAGCCGCCACUUCAUCGUGGAUCUGCUGGCCGUGGUGGUGCCGGCUGUGCCCACGGUGGCGUGGUUGUGCCGCUCGCAGCGCCGCCAGGGCCAACCCAUCUACAACAUCAGCUCGCUGCUGCGCGGCUGCUGCACCGUGGCCCUGCACUCCAUCCGCAGGAUGGGCUGCCGCGCCGUCAGCAGCCCCAACCCCGGGGGCGGAGCGCAGCCCUGACCCCCCGCAGCCCCGUCCCGCCCCCCAGCCCACCCCACGGAGCCGACGGCUGAUUGUAGAGCCCAGCGCUGGGGGACGUGGCGCUCCGUGUGCUCUGCUCCUCGUAAAGCCCCUUGGGGUGGGGGCAGAAGGGGCGCGGGGUGGGCGUGCUGCCCUGAGCCUUUGUCCCCAAGGAUGCCGAGGGCUCGACGCGGUGAUACGAAGGGUGGCCAGGCCCCGUCCCUGCAAGCAGCUCUGCGGUGCUGGGGAUGUCAUCCCGCGGUGUCACCGCGUGGCACUUUGCUUUCUUUUCGGUUGUCCUCGCACGGACCCGGGGACGUCGCUGCAGUGGGAGAGAGCGAGGAGGCACCGAGCACCGGGGUGGGGGCUGCGAUGGGGUGCAGCCCGGCCCCCUCCCCAAGCAGACUCCUUGCUCUGGGUGCAGCAUUGCACAAUGGGACGUGGAAGAGGACGGAGGGAACCCCCUGGACAUGGAGGGUGGAAAUGGGAUGGAAUUGGAUAUACCUCACACCCGAGCAAGGCUGAGCCGCCCGCAGCGCCGUCCAUUCCGUUCAUUCAUUUGCUUUGCACUAUAUUCACUUUCAUUUCCUUUCGGUAAAGUUGGGGCCCUGGAACCGGGUCUGGCUGCUGUGGAGUGGGACCGGGCACCCUCUUGGUUUGGGUGCAUCCUUGUCCACCCCUCCCCACCCAAACCCUAUUUUCCCAGGAGGGGUUGGGGGGGGGAAACUACUGCAAAAUGCCUUUUUUUGAGGGGGGGGGGGGAGGGGGAGGAUAUUUAUUUAUUUUAUUGGAAAAGCAAAGACAGCAAAGAUUGGUCAGCAGGGGCGGCCCCCGGGUGUACCGAGGGGUCCUGGCCCCCACCGCGAAUGUCUGCAGCUUCCUCGUGACUUGAAGCAACGGUGUCCCCCCCCCUCACCACAGGACGCUGUGCCCUCCCAGCCCCCCAUAUCCGUGGGGUGGGGGCUGGCACUGCAUG